AUGGAGAUGGACAUCGACGACAUGUUCACGGUGUCGCUCAAAAACAACUGGCUCAGCUACGAAACGGUCCCGUACAUGUUUCUGGGACUUCUUUGCGGCGUGCUCGGCAUUUUCUUUUGCAAGCUCAAUAUUUAUUUUGCAACCUUUCGACAGCAGAGACUCGACAACGAUAAAUUAAAAAUCGUUGAGGUCGUUUCGAUCGCGCUGGCAGGUGCCGUAGUGGGCCACCUGUCCAGCUACUCGAUGUUCUCGCUCCCAAAAAUGCUCCAGCAGCUGUUCAACAGCUGCACGCAAGAAUCGGACGGCCUGCUAUGCUCCCAAGACUCUGGCUUCCCUUGGAAGCUUGUGUGGACUCUCGUUGCCGGAAUUCUGCAAAGCUUCUUCUUCAGCGCAUACAGCUACGGCUGCAACGUCCCGGGUGGACUGCUGCUGCCGUCUUUAGUGAUCGGCGGCUCCGUGGGGCGGCUCGUUGGCGUCUUGCUCGAAGCCGUCCAGAACCAGCUGAUUACGUCAGCGCUCCAUCUCCAGUGUCUCAACGAAAAGAAGUGCAUCUCUGUGGCCUCGUAUGCUGUUGUCGGCGCCGGCUCGUUUGCGGCAGCCGUCUUCAAAAUGAACAUCACCAUGGUGGUCAUUUUGUUUGAGCUCACUGGGGCUGUCACGUAUAUGAUUCCGAUCAUGCUCGGUGUUUUCUGUGCGCGCUUUCUGAACGACAUGAUUGUGGACCAGAGCAUCUACGAGAUGUGGCUGCAAAUCUCCAGCCUGCCGUACGUGGCACCCAACAUUGAGGACCGCCUUUCGAACCCUGACUAUGCGGUGAAAACCUGUGCGUCGGUGAUGAUGCCGGCUGAGGAGAUACAUGUAUUUGAGGACGGCACUCUGACUCUCGCGGAUAUCGAAAGAGCCCAGGAGGUGAAGGGCUAUCCGGUGUUGCGCGACGGCGAGCUCUAUGGCUAUGUCACGAACUACAGUCUGCGAAAGGAGCUAGCCGUUUUGAAAGAACAGGGAGUGGUCUCUCUCGACACCGUGGUUACGUUUGGACAGACGCAGUCCGGAUACCACAGUUUAGAGCACUUGGUGACAAAACUAAACUUGCUACAGGUGGUAAACGGCGACACGAAGCUGCUGACGGCGUGCCAAAUUAUGGACCAGCUCAUUUUGGACUGUAUUUUUGUGUGCUACCCCGGAAGCUAUAAAUUGCAGGGAAUAAUAUAUAGAGAGAUGGUGUAA